GACGUGCUUGUCGGGAGGACGUGUUUGUAGUCAGUUCCAUCUCUCUCUCCCUCCCGACAACAUCUAAAGGAAGAGAAAGAAAAAUAAUAAUCACGAGGAAAUAACAAGAAAGAUUAAAAAGAAGCAGCUUGUGAAAAGGAUUUAACCAUGGAACGAUAGUGAUAACGAAAGUGCUUUAGCGACGACAAGUUUGGAAAAGUGAUUCUUCGUCGAAAAGCUUUUUUUUUCUUUUAUUUAAUUUCAAUUUGAAAAGAGGAAAAUCAAAAUCUUUUUCGGAAUUUACAUUAAAAGGCCGUAAUCAUGAGUAGUCGCGACGUUCUAUACCGGACGGUGCUGCGGGGAGCCCAGCCGGAGUCCCCCCAGGUGACCUCGGCUUCCACUGACCUCUCUCCGAUGUCCAGCCUGGCCUUCACCCUCCACCACGGCGCCUCGCUCUCCCAGACCCCCCGGAGGAAGCUCUCCCUCUCGUCCACGCUCUCCGACACCCCGCAGUCGUGCCAUGAGGCGUCGCUCGUCUGUUCGAGUUUCCUGCACGAGUCCUUCGCCUCGGAGGCCGGCCAGGAGGACAGCCCCGUGUCGCCCUCGCGUCGCUUCCUGUCCCGCAACAAGGAGAACUUCCCUUCGCCUUACUACUCACCCUCCCACAGCGCCGUCAUCCCCGCCCGCACGCGCGUCAGCCCCCUCAAGGACGUGCAGAACACCGUCAACAGGAACCUCAACUUCAGUCCCCUUAGCAAGCUGGUGUCUCCUUCGAAGAGGGUGUUCAACUCGCCACACAAGCCCUCCCCCCCGGAGGACUUCGACACCAACUCGCAGGACAGCGGGUACUCGGAGAGCGGCAAGAAGCUGGAGGACGACUGCUUCAGCGUGCCCGUCAGCUGCGCGCCCCGCAAGCUGAACCUGGACCUGUCCCCAGCCAAGCCCCAGACGAUGGUGUCCCCCGUGAAGCCCGUCGCCGCCCUCACCACCGUCUUCUCCUCCACCACAUCCACGCCCGUCUCGUCCACGGCGUCGUCCUCCGAGGACCGCCGCAGGCCCUUCAGGAAGUUCUCGUCCCUCUGCAAGGGCGACGAGGAAGAUGCCCUGCUCAUGGACCUCAUGGACGAGGUGCCCAGCCAGAACGAACAGCAGUCCAUCAUCGGAUUCUCCAGCCUGCUGUCGGCGCCCAUCCAGCCGCCCGCAGCCUCCAAGCCAACCAGCCUCGCCACCCCCACCGCCACCACCACAACCACCUUCAGCAACCGCCCCUCCAUCAGAAGGUGCCUCUCCAUGCUCGACACCACGCCCACCUCAUCCAGAGUGCAUUCCCUGAAGCCUUCCCUCGAGUCCAGCCUGUCCUUCAAGCGGCCGCAGCCUCCCACGGACCUCUCGUCGCAGGUGGACUGCAAGCGGCGAAGGCAGGAGGACGCCGGCGAGCCCGCGUCCCCCCUCACCUCCAACGCCUCCCCCACCGUCGUCUCGGCGACUUCCAGUGAAACCCUCCGGUCCCCGCUCGCACUCCGACAGAACUCCGCCCCCGAGGCAAGCACGACACACACCGCCAAGCCCAAGCUCCAGCGAAGCCACUCCGAGAGCCACGUCUCCAUUAUGAAGGCGUUGAACAAGUGCUCCAAUCACCACGGGCAGUUAACGGGCGACUUCUCCAAGCCCAUCUCCCUCCCCACGAUAGAGGGCGGCAAGCACCCCGACCUGAACGCCAUCAGCGUGGACACCAUGGCCGACAUCGUCCGAGGGAAGUUCAAGAACACCAUCGCCUCCUUCAAGAUCCUGGACUGCAGAUACCCGUACGAGUACGAGGGCGGCCACAUCAGGGGGGCCGAGAUGUGGAACCACCCACAGAUGGUGCUCGACCACCUGGACUUGCAGAAGGGCACGCCCGUCAUCCCCAGUGAGGACGCCCCCCGGCACAUCCUGAUCUUCCACUGCGAGUUCUCCGCCGAGCGGGGCCCCAAGGCGCAAAGGCUCCUGCGGGAGCACGACCGCAAACGCAACAAGGAGCACUACCCCGCCCUGCACUUCCCGGAGACGUACCUGCUGGAGGGCGGCUACAAGGCCUUCUUCGAGGCGUACCCCGACCUGUGCACGCCCCACGAGUACGUGCGGAUGCUGGACGCGAACUUCGCCGAGGAGCUGAAGAUCCACCGCGGCAAGUCGAAGUCGUGGGCGGCCGAGAACAAGCAGGCCAAGAGCAGAAACACGCUACCUCGCACGGGCCUCAAGCGACUGGGCUUAUGAUGACUGCCCCGCCCUUAGGUGCCCGUGGGUUUAUCGAGAGAAAAGAAAUCACUCUUUAUUUCCUAAAAAAAAAGAAAAGAAAAGUGUGUGUGCAAUAUAUGUAUUUUUGUUGUGUACAGAAGACUUUUGUCCAGACGGGGUGAUCUUCGGACAGGUGUUUAUUCCCCAUGAAUGCCAAAGGAUAAUUUAUAUAGUUUGUAAAUACGUCCAAGAAGUGAUUAAGAUCCUCCUGAGGGAAUCUCCGUCUGGACAGAAUUUUGUUGAGUUUUUUUGUUCUUCAUCUCUCGUCAUCUUCAUCCAUAAUUUUCCCUUUGACUUGAUCAGCUGCCCCUGGUCACUCACGGUUUUAUCAUCAUUCACACAGUUGUUCUGACCAUCCAUUCCAUUUCUUUCCUCAUUGGUCGGCGUGAAGUACAAAGACCCAAUAUUUGGGUUCGUUCUUUUGUAUUAAAAGAGUCUAUUUCCCCCCAUGCAUUUGUUUUGCAUUACCACCACUUACGUAUUUAUACCCUGAAAGAUGUGCCCGAGGGAGUUGUUGUGAAUAGUGAACGAUACCCUGUGAUAUGCUGAAGGGGGACGUCGGGAAGAUACGCCCUCACCUUGCUCAACGUCUGAUAUCUUGUGAUACGAGGGAAGCAUGGGACCAAGUGUAAAUAUUUCCGUUAUAACAAGGUGGUUGGAAAAAAAGAGAAAUCUUAUUCAAGAAAAAAGGAAAAUCUUAAAAUCUCUCUCUCUCGAGGUUGCAAAACAGAACUAUGCCACCUGUCAAGACGGGUGAUUGUGUGAACGGCUUUUAUAGUGUGAUACACCUUGUCCUAGGAACUUUAUACCAAAUGUCUUUCACGAUCUCAAAGGAAACAAAACCACCGACCAUAUCACGUGACACAAGUUUAGGUCAGAACGCUGUCAUCACUAUUAUAUAUAUUUUUUUAUAUUUUUUUUAUUUUCACAUUCAUGUUUUUUUUUUUUUACGUUAAAUGGGCUUUCAUUUUUUUGAUUGAUUCCCUUCUUGAGUCACACCUGGUGAAUAAAAAAGGAAGAGUAUCGAUGUUUUGUGUAACGGCAUUGUAGAUCAGUCCCUUUAUCUAGUCCUUAUGUUUAGGGCACCACACCCCGCGACUCUCCAGCCCUUCCGGAAGAAACAUGCCCUGUACCGUUAUAAACAAUACAUGGAAAUCACAAUUUU